CAAAUUGCAACGCAACGCAAAAAAAUCACAAAGCUAAUAAUUGAAAACGCGAAAAUCGCGCAAAACCAACACAAAAGGCGACCUGAACUGUUUUCUGUCCACACGGAUUUAAGGACUUUUGUAGGAUUAUUAACAGCUCCAAGUCAAAACGGGCGCCAGUAAAAAUGCAAAAGCUGUCUCUCAUUCUCUUCACACUCGUCGCCUUGGCCAGCGCCCAUCCAGGCUACUUGCAUGGAAACUAUCCUCACAUUGACUACCCGCUCCUGCAUCAGCACCAUGAACCUUUGCAUUUCACCAAAUUGGUGCAUAUACCAGCAGCAAUUUCACAUCAGAGCUCAACAGUCAUACAUAGCCCCCCGAUCAUUAAGCCAGUCAUAGUGCCCGUAGUGAAGACUGUUUUACAGCCCAUUGUCAAAACGUACCAUGCAGCACCCAUAAUUAAGGCUUACCAUCCUAUUGCUCUAGAUCCCUAUCACCACCAUUACGACCAUUCCGAUUUUCAUCACUAUCACUGAGUCAGAAGUCAACGUUAACAAACAAACAGGCGACUUCUGGAAGAAAGAUUUGUGCCGAAAUAUUGCGCUCAAUUGUGUUGGAGAGGCGGAGAGAGCUGAUUUCACCAUACUUUUUAUUUUCCUUGAAAAGUUACAUGAAAACUUGUCACAUUAUUUCUAAUACAUUUCCAUAUGUUUUACUCUAUUUUAUGGAAUUA